CGCGGGAGCUUUAGUUUAAUUCCCGCGUCCGCCUGGUCCGCACCAAUGGCUCUCAAACCAACUUUCCACCCGUGAAUCCUAAAAUAUGUAUCUUAACUUCGGAAGUAAAUUAAAGUGUGUCUCGCGCAUUCGUCGGUCAAUCGAAAAUUUAAACCUCUCCUCUGCUUCUUUUCCAUCAGAAGAGAGUAACUUUAGCGCUAAUUUAUCUUACAAUUUGAAUUACCUGGACUACGAUGAAGAAUCAGCGAUCUGCAACCCAGUUCUGUUCCUUCUGGAACUGUUCCACCAAUAUUACAUCCCUUCAAUUAUUUUUCUGGGUCUUGUCGGGAAUUUACUGUCCUGUGUUGUUUUUUUGAACACCCACUUGAAGAUGAGAAGCUCCAGCUACUAUUUAGCAGCUUUAGCAACAACAGACUUCAGUUUUUUGGUGACUUUAAUGGUAGUCUGGCUGAAUUUUAAAAUAAACUGGAAGGUCUUUAACGAAGACGGCUGGUGCGAGAUUCUCGUCUACGUUAGCGCAGUCUGCAGCUCAUUAAGUGUCUGGCUAAUUGUCGCUUUUACUGUGGAAAGGUUCAUCGCUGUUCAGUAUCCGCUGCAUCGUCCGUACAUCUGCACAGUUGCAAGAGCCAAAAUGGUGAUUUUUAUCCUGACUGUUUUGGCGUUAGUUUGCCAUUCUUACGCUUUCAUCACUGCUGGAGUUACUAAAAGCCGCGAUGGUGUGGAAGAUGUUUGUGAUCUUAAGCCAGAGUACCUUGAAGUCAUGAGGGUCAUUAAUAUCACUGAUACAGUCGCUAGUUUGAUUCUUCCGCUGAUUUUAAUUGUGGUGAUGAAUACUAUGAUCAUGAGGAACUUCUUGAAGUUCAGCAGGAGGUUCAAGCAAACUACUAGUGUGCCCGGGACUUCUAAUCAGUGCACCAGUAAGGAUCGCAGUGAUAUUAAUCUCAACCAGGCACCUAGCGGGAGUAGCAGUCACAGCGGUAUAGUUCUUGGAACGAGAAGAGUCCCGUCACAGCAAUCAUUUCAUUCAUCAAAAAACAAUCAAUCCCACCAUUCAUCAGGUAUCGGAUCGACGGGAGCCGGCGGGGGUGCCCCCGCCGGCUCUGGAGCUAGUAUCAAUGUGGGAGGGCAGCCCGUUCAACUUCCGACACUACCCAACUUGCCGGUGACUCAAACACCACCCGUUGCUUCAACUUCUAUGAUGCGUAGCAAUUAUCAACUCCCCGAAUUUACUCCAGCUAAAUGUAUCCACAUUAGAUCUUCCUCGAAGAACUUAGCUACUACCAGAAACCAACAGAGUAUUACUAAAAUGCUGUUAUUAAUUAGUACUGUAUUUGUCUUACUCAAUUUACCGAGUUACGCAAUCCGUCUGUGUGUUUUUUUUUUCACCCUCGCCGGCCGAGACCAGCCAGUAUUACUUUGGUGUCUGCAGCAAUUUUUUAUGCUUCUGUACUACACUAAUUUUAGUAUUAAUUUUUUACUAUACGCCAUGUGUGGUAUCACCUUUCGGCGUUGCCUCAACCAAUUACUACGAAAGUACCUGACAAAUAUGACAAGAUACUUUGGGCGCCGAAGGAGAAAUUCUAAUAGCUCGUAAAUAAAUAUCUAGUCAAUUGUGUGUUUAAAAAUUUCAAUUCCAUUCCUCUUACUGUUAUAUUAAUAAAUGUUUGUCAAUGUUA